AUUCGCUCAUCAGAUAGCUUGUUUGCUGUGAUCGCGGUCUUUGGCUGGUAUAUCAACUGCCAUAGUCAGACUCUGAGCCACCGCCGUAACUUAAAUGCUUGGGGUACUACAGGGUUCGUUAUCCAAGUGCUAGUAACGCUUUGUUCUUCACCAUCUAGGUGCCCACACAACACUCUCAAUGAUUCCACUGGCUGCGCAGGUCGGUGGUCAUCCUGGCGUCCAAACAACAGAGGAUGGGUCUUUGCUACUCAAACCUGCCGUGCCACUUGAAAUUGAAUUUUACCAGCGUGUUGUUUCCGAAUCAGGUCUCGUCCACCUAAGACCGUUCGUACCAAAAUUCUUUGGAACACUCAGGUUGGAAGGGAAAGUGGAAACUACAGAGAUAGACGAACCUCUCGUAACUGAUGAGGGUGUCCUGAAAGUUACACCAAUAGAUGGUGUCAGAGCCGAAGAUAAAGAGUCCCUCGUCCUAGAGAACCUUGUUCAUGGAUUCACAAAACCCAGCGUCAUUGACAUCAAGCUUGGUACCAUAUUCUAUGAGGAUUCCGCCACUCCCGAGAAGCGUGCACGGAUGGAGAAGGCUGCUCUAGAGACGACAUCAUUCGAGACUGGAGUUAGGCUCACUGGUUUCCAGGUUUAUACGAACGAUUCACCUGAUCCCAUCUUGACGCGAAAAGAGUAUGGAAAUAGCAUAAAGUCCAGUCAACUUUCAGAGGGUAUUGCAAGAUUUUUCCCUGUAUCUUCGCCGUCUACUCCGUCUGCUGGUCUUCCCCGCCACCUCCUUCUCCCUAUUCUCCGCAGUCUGCGUGAAGAUGUCGCAGAAAUAAGGGAGACUUUGGAAGGCGUGGAUAUGCGGAUGAUAGGUGGGAGUUUAUUAAUCGUAUAUGAGUCGGAUUGGACGAGAGCAGAAGAGGCCGUUAAGCUGUAUGAGUUGGAGAAUGACUCUGAGGAAAUGGAAGCCGAGAAUGACGUGGAGAUUACAGCGGGGGAGGAUAACGAUGGGGAAGACGAAGAUAUCGAGGACGAAGAUGAGGAAGAGGAUCUACCUGUGCCUCCCUAUACCGUCAAGCUGAUUGAUUUUGCGCACACACGACUGAUGCCUGGUCAUGGGCCAGACCAGGGUGUGUUGAUGGGGAUUGGUACAUUGUUAAAGCUGCUUGACGGGAGGAUACAAGAAGUGGACAAAAUGACCCCUUGAGUAGAUUUGAGUUUUGGGAUUCGGCAGAUGAUACCUCCGACUACGUCUAGAUCUUUCUGCUUGGUGAUAUUACAGUAUAUGGACAUGAUACUCAUAUAGAACCCCGCUGAAUUUCCUUGCAAUCCGUG